AUGGGUAGUGAUGGAAAAUCGGAAAUCAUAAGGUUUCAGGAUCAGCAACAACGCUUUACUGGAGACGAUGACGAAGGGACGCCGAUGGCGAAAGUUAUGGUGACAGAGGCACCACUCCUUUGCCAUCACGGACGACCAACAGUCACCCCUGGGGACCACCACUUCUCCUACACAGCAGCAGAUCGCCUUGUUUAUUCACCUAUCUCUGGAAUCCGCUCAAUUCCAGAAUCACAAGUAUCAAUCUAUGGCACUAUAUUAGAUGAAAGGAAGUCUCCGUUGGACCCUCAGCAUUUAUAA